UCCGGUGUCAUGGCGGCCGGAGCGCGGCGGAGGCCGGCGCCGGGGCGGGCGGCGGUGGCGCGGCAGCGGCGGGGCAGCGGGAGCGGCGGGGGGGCGAUGUGAGGCGGGGCGGCGCCAUGUCGGGGUGCGUGUGGGGCGCGGCGCCGCUGCUGGAGGCGCUGGGCCGGCUGUGGGAGGUACAGGCGCCGCUGGGCAGCGGCUCCUCGGCCUCCGUCUACCGGGUGCGCUGCUGCGGGGACCCGCGGGCCCCCCCCGGUGCCGUCAAGGAGUUCGUGCCGCCCCCGCCGCGGCCCGGCCCGGCUCGCCGCCCCGGGGCCCGCCCGCCCGCCGCCGACUGCGCGGAGUACGGCUUCCGCAAGGAGCGCGCCGCGCUCGAGCACCUCCGCGGGCACCGCAACAUCGUGACACUGUAUGGCGUGUUCACCAACCACUACUCUGCAAAUGGCCCGUCUCGCUGUCUCCUGCUGGAGCUGCUGGACAUCAGCGUGUCUGAGCUGCUGCUGCACUCCAGCAACCAGGGCUGCUCCAUGUGGAUGAUCCAACACUGCGCCCGAGAUGUUCUCGAAGCCCUGGCUUUCCUGCACCACAAAGGCUACGUGCAUGCAGACCUCAAGCCACGCAACAUCCUGUGGAGUGCAGAGGAGGAGUGCUUUAAGCUCAUUGACUUUGGACUUAGCUUCAAAGAAGGGAAUCAGGAUGUGAAAUAUAUUCAGACAGACGGGUAUCGGGCUCCAGAGGCAGAACUGCAGAACUGCCUGGCACAGGCAGGGCUCCAGAGCGAGACGGAGUGUACCUCUGCUGUGGAUCUGUGGAGUCUGGGAAUUGUUUUACUGGAAAUGUUCUCAGGAAUGAAACUGAAACAUACAGUCCAAUCUCAGGAAUGGAAGACAAACAGUUCUGCCAUCAUUGAUCGCAUAUUUGCCAGUGAAGGGGUGGUUAAUUCAGCCAUUCCAGCUUAUCACCUCAGAGACCUUAUCAAAAGCAUGCUUCAUUGUGACCAAGGAAAGCGAGCCUCCGCUGAGAAGGCUUUAUGCAGCCCGUUCUUCAGCAUUCCCUUUGCUCCCCAUAUCGAAGAUUUGGUAAUGCUCCCCACGCCUGUGCUGAGGCUGCUAAAUGUUCUAAGUGACGCUUCUCUGCAGUGUGAAGAAGAAUAUGAAGAUAUCCUGGAAGACAUAAGGGAGGAGUGUCAGAAAUAUGGACCAGUGGUUUCCUUGCUUAUUCCAAAGGAGAAUCCUGGUAAAGGCCAAGUCUUUGUUGAAUAUGCAAAUGCUGGUGAUUCCAAAGCUGCCCAAAAAAUGCUGACUGGAAAGAUUUUUGAUGGCAAGUUUGUUGUGGCUACGUUUUACCCACUGAGUGCCUAUAAGAGAGGAUAUCUGUACCAAAACUUGCUGUAGGCAGUAGCAACAAUCAGGAGAGUUGUCUUGCUCCUCUUCCUCACGUGUUUUACAGUUGAAUGUACAAAAGAGCUUCCUAGCCCUGCUUCAGAGUCAUCUGUGAAGGAGAGAUGCAAAGGACUUUAACUGGGCUUUGAAACCUUUACUGCUGCUUUGUGAUGUGCAGAGGAGGCUGGGAUGGCUUUCAGCGUGUGCUUGUGUGUAUGUUGUGCUUGCUCGUUUACAUCGGGUGUGUGGCUUUGCCCCGGCGGGCGCUCGGGUGGCAGGAGUGGUGACUGUGGGAGCCUGGGAGGCCAAGCAGAUCUUGGCAAGCCCUUGUAAGUGGUUGAAGUGAGGCCAUUGAAAGUCUUGGCCUUAGCACUUGACUUUGCUCUGAGGAGAGGAUUUCUUUAAGAUUUCCUAUCCCUGUAACAUAUGUGCUCUUCUCCAGUGUGGGGGAGGAGGAGGAAGGCUUACCUGCUUUUUGUUGAUAUCUCUAAUAAAUAAACAAGCAGAAGCACCAUGCUUUCUAAACCAAACCAGGAGGACUUUUGAGUCUUCACAUCACACAGAGCAGAGGGAGGUGGUGAAAUCGGAUCUGCUGAGCCUACAGUGUUACCCUGUCGCUGCCUCAUGACCCGAGAGGAGCCAUCCGUCCGGCCUGGCCCACGUGGCAUGCUGGGCUUAGGCAGCGAGGUGUGGGUGACGCUGCGGUGAGCUGAACUUGCUUGUAUGCCUGGGGUGGGCAGGGGCUGCUGGUGGAUACGUGUGGUCAGAGCAGUGCAGCCUCAGUCCCAACAGACCUGUAAGCACUUUGUAGCCUGAGGUGAUAUAUGAAAACCCUGUUGUGUGGAGUCAUCUUUCUAGCUUAUACCCUGUGCUGGCACUGAUGCUCCCUAGCUCUGGUGCCAAAUCAUCUGUAAUACGUAAGCGUCCUUAGGUGGUAUUUUUGGAAAAGAGUGCUACAGCACACAGUAUUCUUUGUAUCUCAGCAGGACUCCUGCCCUGCAAGUCUUGUAAGAAAGAACAAAUAUUUGUCCGUCAAAGGUCCCACGCUUGGCUUUUCUGUGUUGUGCAUUUUGGUUUUGCAUUAACCCAUUAGACUUGUAGGUUAGAAGCACUGACACUUUUGGUCCUUCAUAGGUUACAUAAAGGGCCUGAGGCAAUCUGAGAUCCUGUAUGGAAAGGGCUCUGUCAGUAAUCAGACUUAACCGGUCAGGAGAAGGUCGUUCCGGGUUAUCAGGGACAACAGCCACAUGCUUUGGGGGGAAAAAAUCCCUGGGCGAGCAGCAUGGCUGCUCCCCCCAGAGCAUGCUCUCUGCUGCUGUGGCUUCAGUGCACAGGUGGGAGCUGCCGUCUGGGGCAGGCGGUGGCUUUUUCCCAGGGGGGUGCAAACCCGUGCACCCAGCGGACCCUCUCCCUGCAGAGGGGGCACUUUGCUCCUGGCAAGUGCAGUGUGAAACAGCCCUCCUUAGAGGGGGACCAGCAUAUCCUGGCUCAUGGCCCUGGUGCAGUUUUUGUGAGGAGGAGAGCCCUCGUGAAUUCUUUUCUCCAGCUGAAACACUUGCAGGCAGCUGCCUGAACCAUCUCUGAUCUUCCCUGGAAUAAUACCUGAAUUACCUUACAGUUUACUUUUUGCAUCUUGCUGAUGCUGGACUUGCUGGAAUCCCGCACUUCAAAGUUCCACUUGAAAUUUUUUUGCCCUGUGCACGUGUGUACGGUAUGUCAGGAGAUCCGAUGUCUGUAGCAUUUCAGGAGCUUGAGUUCCUCCCUGUGCUGGUGUGUAGUCCUGUCUGCUGUGGCCCUUCCCAAACUCUCCCAGAAAGGACCAAUCUCUCUGAAUUUUUCUCUUGCCUUUGAGGUGGUAGGUUUUCCAGGGAGGGGAGUGGGGAAAUCCCACAAUGAGUUUUAAGGUGUGAUCUGCCCAUCAGACUUUUUCUGGGAAUUAUGCUACUUUGGUGUACAUAGCUGUGAAGCAGCUUUGCAUAGAUGGAGUGAGUGAUUCAUUGCUUUUAAUGUAACUGUCCUUGCAGUGAAGCACCUUUAGUGUCUGGGAGGAAUUGGAUGAUUAACUGGGUGAAGGUUUCUCCUAUGUGAAGAGGAGUGUUAAAAGCACUCCAAGCAUUGGUAGGUGUUGACUGACCUCCUCAGUUCUGGGUUUUUGCUUUCCCUGGUGGGCUGAGCCAUGGGUGAAAGCAGUUUGGCCCAAAAUUCACGUGUUGGAUGCCAUCGUGUCAGCAGCGUUGAGCUGGCUGCGUGUGUGCCUGUCAGCUGGCAGAAGCAGACUGAGAGCUCCAGCCCCGCUGAGUGCCAGCCCAUGUGGGGACAUGGGGAGCUCCCCCGUGUGUGGGGCGUGAGGUCUGUCACCUACAGAGGUACCAGGGCAGGGAGAUGCUGGGCUGCAGGUGCAGAACUUCAGUGCAUUUAAGUUCUCACAUGUGUUUGUCUGGGGCUGUGAGCUGCUCUGUCAUCUUUCGAGCACAUCUUUUUCAGUCAGAACUAUGCUUUGAACUUGCAACUAAAGAUGAAGAGCCGUGCCAGGAUUAAUCUUUAGAGAGGAGCUACAACCUGUUCCUGCAACAUGGUAGAGCUGUUCUACCAGAUUUUGGCUAGGGUUUUGUUCAGCUGCUUUAAAGGAGCUAAAUAAAUCUUCAAGAUGCAAACUCCUGCUACCAGAUUUUCUCUCUGGAUGCUCAUUGUUCAGGCUUGAGCACUGAGCUGGGCAAAACCCCCAAAGCUGCUUUUUUUAAUUAUUCUUUUUAAUUUUCCUCCUGGCAAGAGUUGGAAGAUGCUGAUCUCUGCCCUGUCACUGUACUCUGCCCCUGGCAUCCCUCCGGAGGCUGUGGGGUACAAGGAGGUUUAGAAGCUCCUUGGAGCAGAAGCAUUUUAUCUUUAUUCCUCAUCCUCUACCUUCAAAGCCUUUUUCUGUCAAGCUGAAGCUCGCUCUAGUGUCUCGGUGAUCUGUUGGUGGCAUGGCAUAAGUUUCAGCCCUGCUAAAGCCUGUGAGUUUCUUAACUCUGUAGAUUGUAUCCGAAGUGUGUGUGGUGAUUCAAUCCAAGCUGUCUUGUCGUGGUGUGUGCCUGGGGGGCCUGGCUUUCCUCACCUCCAAUGUACUGCCGGCUGGAGUUGCAGAAGCAUUGAUGCUUUCUACUCAGAUGCUUGCUGGGUUUCUCAUUCUGUGCUGCUGACACAAUAUAGCCCUUGGGGUAGCACCCACGUAUGUCCUAGCUAGGCGACAGCUAAACGUAAAAACCCACAGGCUGCCUUUGAGGGAGAGCUCUGCUUGCAGUGGGGGGAAAGGGAUGAAGGAUGGAGCCUUUGGAGCCAGCUGGGGAGGGCUGCCUUGGUGGGAUGCCAGGGCAGGAUGCAGCCCUCCUCCCCCCACUGGAGCAGGCAGUCGAGGGGCUGUGUCCCCUGGGAGCGUGUGAGUGAACCAGGAAAUGCGGUGCUCUGCUGUUCCUUGGUGGUGGGGUUUUGUAGCUGCUCUGACACGGAAUGUCACCGCUCAUUGAAGAGUAGCAUCCUUCCUCUGCCACCAGUGUCUGCGCGGGAGCAGCGAGGGAGAAGGUUCUUUGCACUUCCACCGAUUUAUCAUAUGCAAGGAGGGUAAACUGGUUUUUAAAUCACUGGCCGAAGCACAAGUUAGCUCCAAUCUUAGUUGUAUUCCUCGUUGUUUUCUCACUGCUCUCCAGCCUCCGAAGCUGGCAGCCUGAGCACCAUGGUGCCCCCAGGUUGUACCCCGCGAGGGGCUCGGUGCUCCCACAGCCCCGUGCGCCCCCUCGGUCCCUGUCAGCUGUUGUACCCCGCACGCAGCGUUGCUGAGCAGAUGUGUGCUUGAUACAGGUGAUUAAUAAACGAUGCUUCAGUACGAA